UUCUAGUCAGUUUUUCAUUUUUUUAUAAAAUGAUCGUCCAAGUCCACUAAGAAAUGCAAUUGCGUAGAAUAUAAUUUGGCUGUAUAUUCAUGUCAUCUCGUUUUGAACUUUGAAUUCAUCGCCUGCCUUAAUUUUCCUCAGCCCUCCGUUCCAAGCUUCGACGCUAACGUCCAAAACCCAAAAACUUUAUGGGGCCUGUAAAAUCCAAGGACUAUGGCGUACUAGUAGAUCCAGAAGACGAUCAGGCGUCUUUCACGAAGCGCAGGUCCGCACGGAAACGCCGCCUCGCCACUGCCAUCUCUGCCGCCGCCGUGUUCGUCACCCUAAUCGUCGGCGCGGUGUUCGUCGCGCUGAUCCACCAUGACAACCACUCACAUCAGUCUUCUCCAUCAUCAUCAGCAUCGCCGAUUUCCUCCACCCCGACCGGCUUUCUCAGUACCGUCUGCGCUGUGACUCAGCACCCGCACUCCUGCUUCGUUUCCAUGUCUCCAUUCGCCUCCCCGCCGAAACCUAAUCCGGAGCACUUCCUGAACGUUUCUCUCUGGGUCGCCAUCAACGAAUUGGUUAAUUUGACCUCGCUUCCCAAGUCUCUGAUCUCGAAGGUCAACGACCGCGGCGGCCAAUCGGCUCUGCAGGACUGCGAGAGCCUGUUCAACAACGCGCUGAGUCAACUCAACGAGUCGGCCGCGCUAAUCAACGCGGGUCGAGGAGAGAUCGUCCUGACGCCGAUGGAAAUCGGUAACCUGAGGACGUGGAUAAGUGCGGCGAUGACGGAUGAGGACACGUGUACCGAUGGAUUGGAGGAGAUGCAAUCGACGGUGACGGAUACGGUGAAAGCGAUGGUGCAGAGAUCGAAUGAAUACAUGAGCAACACGUUAGCCAUUGUCAGUAGUUUGCAGAGCCUUCACGAGAAGUUUGGUAUAUCUGAGCCAAGGCAUUGAAUUGUCUGUGUGUUGUGUUUGACGUUUAUUUUUCUGUACUACUUGUAUGUAAUUUGGUCAUUUUUUUUGUACUACGGUAAUUCUCUUGCUGGAUCUGUUUUCAUCUGAACUAUUGGCAUUUCCUUUGUUCAUGUACUUCCUCCGUCCCGCUAUGAUUAUUCCAUUUUACCUUAUCGGUCCGUCUCACUAAGAUUAUCUCAUACCAAAUUUGGUAAAAUUUGUAUGGUUCUAAAUCAUUCUUACUUUAUUCUUACUUUAUCAAUUCAAUAUCAAC